AUGGAAGAUAUGACAUUAAUGUCUCGUAUCAUCAACCCGGUGGAGCAAGACGCGCUCUACCGCAUCCUCGACUCCGUCAGCCCAGAGGAGCUGAUCUUCAUCGAGAAUCCCGCUCUAAUCGGCUCCCUCAGCGGCAAAAUCGGAAACCUAAUACGACUGCGGCGACUGGUUCUCACCGAAAGCGGCGGCUCCGGCGGCGUCUCCAACUGGAUCGGUGAGUUCGCCUAUCUCGAGCAGCUCACGCUCUUGAGAAACAGAUUCUCCGGCGAGAUCCCAAUGGAUGCUUUUCGGAACAUGAAGAAGCUAAAGAUUCUAUAUCUGAGCGAGAAUGCCUUCCAAGGAGCGAUGCCGGAAUCAAUCGGAUCCGCGACUGCGUUGGUGAAGCUCGAUUUGAGCCACAACGGAUUCUCUGGAAAAAUUACAGAGAAUCUCACGUGCUUGAAGAAGGUGGAGUUAUUAAAAUAA